UGAUGGCUACGCGUGCAGUUAGAUCAAUCUCAAUCAGGUUCAGAAGAAAACAAACCAAAUAGGGUUCCUAAACAGGAGGAUAUGAUGAAACCUGAUUUGCUAGCGCAACAGGAAGAUGACGAAUGUUGUGGUUCUGAUGACAAAUCAAGGGAAUUUUUUUCUGCACUAGAAGAGGAAUUAACAAAGACACCAACACAUUCAGAGCUAAAACCGCCUAGAUAUCCUCUACUUCCAGUUACUUUUCAUGACAGAAGCAUGCUUAGAAAGGCUCCAACUAUGGUUCAGCCUUCAAGUAAGCUUCUAGAUGAGAAGAACACAAUACUAGAACAGAUAAAGAAUAAGUCUUUCAACUUGAAGCCUGUUCUUACAAAGAGACCAAAUGUGAUGGGUGGUCCCAGAACGAAUUUACAAGUGGUGGCCAUUCUAGAGCGUGCCCAUGCGAUUCGCCAGGCUGUUGCUGAUGAAGAUGACGAGGAUAGCUGGAGUGAGUAGCUGAUUCCUCAAAGCAAUCUGGCGCCUGAUGUUCCACAAGUAAUCUGCCGAUCCAGGUCUUGUGAUCCUGUUCUUGCAUGGAGCAAAUGAUCGAUGGAAUGGAGCCAGCGUUCUACAGGAUUACAUGCCAAAACAGUUGGUCCGGACCAUGGCAAGAUAGGGGCAGCGCUGUAAACAGUGUGCCUACUUAGUGAUUGCUGUGUUUUGGAGCGCGUCAUAUGUUUAUUAUCUUUUGAUGCGUCAUAUGUUUAUUAUCUUUUGAUGCAACUCCUGAGUGUCUGGUGCUUGUUGAGGAUUGUAUAUGCCUCACAUGACUCGUGUGAAUUUUGUAA